CGCACUUAUAAAGUUUUUAACAGUUAUCAAUCAAAAUGGCAGACCGAUCCACUUUGGGCUAUGGCAUGUAGCAUCUGUAAGUUGCCAUAUCAUUGAUGAUGUCAAUAAUGUUUUUUAAAUUGUCGAAAUAUCAUGUUGACAUUUGUGAAUUUGUUCAAAAUUCUUAGAUAAGAGUUAUUAGCCAAAAUACCGACACUAAAAUGUGCGUCGGAUAAUAAUGCUAAAACCUACACAAAAAUUAAAAUGUAAAGACGAAAAAUUGCAUAUUACCAAAGAUGUACCAGACAAAGACAUCGAACUUACACUCGAACUCGAAAUGGACGAUGAGGUAAAAGACAUUAUAAGUUGUCCCGAGAAAUACGGAAAUACAAUGCUGGAUGUCACGGUAAUUAAACCAAAAUUAGAUAAAUUGUAUACGGCACAAAAGAAAAUUAUGUCUGGAGAGGAAGUUAAAAAAUUUAUAGCGGCUAUGAGUUCGUCAAGACCUUCUUCAACUAGUCCAACUAAACAGGUUCCUAAAGAUAUAAAGUUAAACAGUGACACACCUAGAAAUCCUUCUUCCAAACCAAAAAGUCCCAUGGAAAAAUUUGCACCUCCUCCAAUUCCAAGAAAUGCAGGUAACAGAACAGACAGAACAGAAGGCAGUACAUCGGAAAUGGACAAAGAAAAAAUCAAACAAAUCUACACAGCAUCCAGAACAUUCGCAGAACUAAACUCAUUUUUUGAAUGUAAAAAUAAGAACAAGAGAGAUCAAAAUUUGAAACCAGAAGAACCAUGUGCAUGUAAAAACUGUUCCAUUGUCGGUAUAGUAGCGGACUCGCAAAAGAAACCCUUUGCUAACGAAACCACAUACGUUCCCAGUCGAUUAACUAAUUGUCCAAAAAAGCAUUCCAAAGAGGAUAUUAACAGAAAGAAGACAGCUAGUAACUAUAAAGAAGAAAAUCAUAUGCAGUGUCAAUACUAUUUUAAACACCUCUCAGAGAAAAUAAGAGUGUUAGAAGAUAGAAUAGCAGCACAAGAAGAGAGGUCGGUAGCUAAAGAUUACUUCAAAAAAAUUAUUUCUAAAGUAAUGAACCACAUUAGUAAAGUUACAAACUAUGCUAGUCAAAUCAGAAUGGAAAUACCUUGUCAAACUAAGCAAAAGAGGCCAUCAUCUCGUGAAAAAUAUACCCAAGUAAAUUCAAAAUAUGUAGUUAAUCAACAAGUACAUCAAGAAAGAGAAAAACAUAUCAGCAAAGACGAACCUAGCACUAGUACAGGAACGUUUUGGAAAUGGGGUGAAGAUAUCCUAAAACCAGGAAUAGAUAUAAAAAACAAAAUCAUAUUGUUAAUGGAAGAUACUCUUAAUAAUCUUAAGAAAUCAAAAGAAAAACCAAAAGAAGAAGAGAUUAAACAGUUCGUGGACCAAUUCUCAGCUAAUCUUUACAAAACCGUACGACAAACUGGAGCCCAUCAAAAGCAAGAAAAGAUUGAUUUGCAUACCAUUAUUAAUUACAGAGAUAAUAGAGAUAAAAGUGAUAAAAUUAAAAAUAUGGCUAGAAGAUUUGCGGAAGAGCCGGUUAGUGUAACGUACGUUAAUUCGAAAAUUUUAAGAUGGAAGGAGACAGAGACUACUUUCAGGUUUGAGUCUGACAAGGAAUCUGUCAACGAUCAAAAGAAGAUGCAAGAAAUUUACAAAAUGGAGUUCAUGAAAACGUUAAAAAAUACGAGAGAAGAGGACAAGCUGAAAUUAUGGUUCAGCAUUUGGAACCAAGCUAUUAAAAAUAGUCAAGAUAAAACCGACAAGGUCACUAUUCAGAUACCUGAUCGGAGGGACCCUAAAAAGAAACAUGUAGAAAUUGCAUAUACAUUAGGAGAUUUGGAAUAUUUACUGUUAGGUCAAAAAAGUAGGAAUAGAUAACUCUGUUAUUUCAUUGUUAAAGUAACCCAAGGUUUUUAUUGGUAUAGACCAUAUUAAAGCUCUAUAAGUGCU